AUGUUUGCUCUCAAAAACCUAGGAAAGCUGAAUUACUUCUUAGGUAUCCAAAUUCAAUAUUUGAAGCAUGGGUUUAUAAUGAAUCAGUUGAAAUAUGUUGAUGAUCUGUUACAAGGGAUUGGCCUUUCAGAUCUGAAAUAUGCAGCCUCACCCAGCAACUUAGGCAAACAUCUAUCUAUCAAUGAGGGAGUUCCUUUCACUGACCCAUUUUUGUAUAGAAGCACAAUUGGAGCUCUCCAGUACCUAACCAACACCCGUCCGGACAUCACUUACAUGGUGAAUCAUCUAGUCAAUUCCUCAAAGCUUCCACAAAUGCUCACUGGCAAGCAACAAAGAGAUUUCUUCGAUACAUUAGUGGCACCAAGAAUUAUGGCCUACUAUUUCAACCGAGUCAUUCACUUGAAGUAUCAGCUUAUUCAGAUGCAGAUUGGGUAG